AUGCGUCAACAGAGUAUUGAACCGCGUUCUUCUGGGGAGCGUGAAAACGUAGAUUCUUGCGAUGAACAUUCUCGCGAGUGCCGCAGCGCAUCCUCCGAAAAUGCUGAUGUUUCGGAUUCUAGUGUACAGACACGACAUAGUGUCCAAAGAGGCCGGGACAGAGACGCGGAGGACGCGCUGGCUUCAUACAGUUCCGCUACCGCAGUGCUCAAGAACAAAGUAGAAUGUGGUCCAGAUGCCUGCUUAUCAGCUGCGGACCUUCCGACUGAGAUAAGUGGUCCAGCGAAUCCCCACCGGCCAGCGGAGGGAGAUGGCUCCAUUUGGCGGGAGGAGGGCAGAAAUCAAGCUGCUGCAGCGUCUGAUGUGGGUGCCUUCGUGAUCGAUAUCGGAGAUAAGCAUCAGGUGCCGAGCGCGCCUCAUAAGGUUAUGGCGCAAACAUGCAAUGUGAACUUCGCCCACCAUCACCGUCCUUCAGAAUGUUCCAUCGAGCCUCACCGGACGGUGGCGCCUGCUGAAGAUAAAGAGUCUUGCGGAUCGGAGCCUGUGUAUCUUCAGUCAUACUCGUUCAAUCAAGAUAACACAUGUUUCGUAUGCGCGACGUCUGUGGGAUUCCGAGUGUUUACGUGCGCCCCUCUGUUCGAGUUCAUGCGCCGAGAAGCACCGGUAUGGGGAGAAGGAUGCUACGAUGUGGCAGGCAUGCUCUUCAGGACUAAUGUAUUCGCUCUUGUCAGUCGGGGCGAUCCGAAGAAAGUGAAGCUCUGGGACGACCAGAAAAGACAUUUAAUUGGAGAACUACGAUCACGUCAAGCAGUAAAAAACGUCUGCUUAGGACGGGAGAUUCUGGCAAUGGUGACAGAAUAUUCUAUUUAUGUCUAUCAAAGCGAGCAAAUGCGACCCUUCAACAUCAUUCACACGGGUUCCAAUCAGCGUGGCUUGUGCAUAAUCGCUGCAGGCCGUGAAAGGGAACACUGGAUUCUCGGUUGUCCCGCUGUUGCCGCGGGUGCUGUUCGGAUACAAACGUCCGAGGGCGAAAGGCGAAGCCAUGUAUUUCAAGCGCAUCAGAGCGCCUUAGCAGCCUUAUCCUUCAGUUCUCAGGGGACGUGGAUUGCGACCGCCAGCGAAACGGGGACAGUAAUUCGUGUCUUUUCGACACUGGAUGGCCAACUGCUUCAUGAGCUUCGUCGGGGAACCCAUAGUUAUGCCAUAAGUUGUAUUGCGCUGAGGGCCGAUGGGCUUUUCCUUGCUGUCGCAUCAUCUUCUCCAACUGUCCACAUUUUUAAACUCGACCCUUCUGAAAGUGCUCAGAAUUUUUUGACGAGAAAACAGUCUAACGCAGCUGAAGGACCGGAGGCAGAAUAUAAGGUUGACGAAUGUGCAAGCAGCUCUCGAUUACCCGCCUCAUCUCCUGAAUCAUCAAUAGAAGACGCGCAUGCCGAACGCCGCUUCAAGCAAAACAGUUCGAGGAGUUGUGGUAGCGGCGGAAUCCACAGCGUUUCGGAGAGUGACAGUUCUCAGACUGUAUCAAGCGGAAUACCUCUACAGCGAGCUCUCACCGUUGGGAAGGAGAUAACAUCGGUGGUCUACGAUGCAUCCAGAGAAAUUGUCCAUGAUGCGAUAAAGGGUGUGCUUCCCCGUUACUUCAGUGCGGUCAGAAGUUUUGCGCAGUUCCACGUGCCGACCGACCAACAGUCAAUUGAUGUCAGAGCACGAGACUCCCAGAUUGUCGGUCCGCUCUGCGCAUUUGCUGGGGAGCGGUCGAACCACCUGUAUUUGCUACACCCCAAUGGAGUAUUCUACGAAUUCAGAUUCGACCCGAAUUACGGGGACGACUGCACACUCUUAACUGCCACAACGUGGUUUGCUCCGAGGGCAGAAUUCCAGAUUCAGUCUCGGUUCGAAUCAGCAUCUCUUCCGUCAGAGCUGGAAGGAGGUCACGAGGGCGAUGACUGGCAGAUUGUGAUGUGA